GUCAUCUAGAAAAACCCCAAACCCAGGAAAUAAUUUCUGCCCCUGCCCCUACCGUUGAUGACAAUACAUUCUUCUUCCUCACUUCCGCCGCGCCGACAACGCAUCCUUUUCCUGCAAGCUGUUGGAGCCGUCGCCUACAACGAACAAGAAACAAUAACAAACCAGAAAAGAAACCCCAAAUCCAAACCCACAAAAUGCAAAUUUCAUCUUCUUCCAAUCUCUUCUUCCUCACUUCCACGACCGCCGAGAACCCAUCCCCUCACUCAUCUCCAGAAGCCAAAAAACCUAUCUUCUUCCAAUCCAAAACCCCAUCUCUAGAACCCGCCCCCCUCGCUGAAAACUAAACACCCAAAUGAGAAAACAGAACAAAACGAAAUCAAAAUUAAAUCUCCCAAAAUCAAACUUCAUAUUGAAAAUAAAAAAUACAACCCACAAAACAUACCUUCCAUUCUCUUUGAUUUCCCCAGCAAAAGAGAAAAAAGUGAGAAGAGGGAAUCGAACUUAGACAAAUCCAACCACCCCCAAUCUGGAUCUUCUUAUCGUGCCAAGCACCCUCGAUCUAGAUCUACCCUCUGCAUCUCGAUCUAUUCGAUAUUCGAGCCUUUGAAGUUGCGAGGGAGCAUGUUUCUGGGUUUACAGGCAGAGGAAGAUGGGGUUAAAGUGGUGGUUGAGGUCGACAUGUGGAGAGAAAAAAGGCGACAAGCGAUGGUUGGCGGCCGGAAGGAGGAUUCAAUGGUUGGAAGAUGGAGGAGACCAAAAGUGUCUCUCAGUGUACGUAGUGGGAGGAAGGUCAAGCAACGAAUAUGGGAGCUCGGAUGGGUGACCGGAGAAGACGAUGUCCUUUGGUGUGUGAAGGACGAACGGCUGUGGAGGAAGAGAAUGGCGGUGGUGAUUCUGAAAGGGUGAGGCAGAGGGUGAUAGUGUGAGACGUGAGGAGAGAAUCACUGCUGCUAGGGUUUAUUUGAUUUUAUUAUUAUUUGUUUCUUCAACCCAACACAAGAUAUAAAUAAAUGAAAUAAACGAGGAAGGCAGGGAGGGAAAUUUCGGUGGGACUUGGGAGGGAACUUUGGGCGGGCUUAUUAAAAUUUGACUGGGACUUAGGAGGGAACUUUGGGCGGACGUAAUAAAAUUUGAGAGUCAAAAAGUUAAAAAAAAAACUUUUUUCUUUUGUGGAAUAAUAUGGCAAAAGCUACUCUGACGAUAUAAUUUGUCACUUUUGUGUCUCUUACAUCUCGAUUUGGGAUGCCUAUUUUGACAAACUUAAUUGUGACACGAAAUAUUUGUCACAUUACACACUUCAAAUGACAAACUAUUCUGACAACAAAAAUUUUGUCACAGUUGAAUCUCUUACAUCCCGAUAUGAGAUGCCUAUUUUGACAAAAUUAUUUGUGACACGAAAUAUUUGUCACAUUACUCACUUUAACUGACGAAUUAUUCUGACAACAAUAUUUUUGUCACAUUAGGCAUACCAAAUAUGACAUAUUUUAUUUUUGUCAUAUCACCAUACCUAUUAUGACAAACAAAAAAUGACAAAAUAAAAAAUUUGUCCUAAUAGGCCGAAUUUGUUGUAGUGUCAAGUUGAACCAUCAAAGGGCUCUUCUCAUGGUCCCGAGUGCCAUUUUAGGAUGUGGCGUUCUGAUCAUCUUUUACUACCUUCCAUCCUCCAACCACCUCUCCUCCUCAUUAACUCGUACGGAGAGGAGAUAGUGUGCCUUUACUCGAGUCACGAGACCUCGACUCUCAUUUGUACCCGACAUGUGUGGCAACCUGUCUGCCAUUGAGACGAGGAGUGCAUGCUGGAAAGUGGUGCCCGGGCAAUGUCGUUUCGUUCUUGGACAUGAGGGGGAGAUACCUAUUUUCAAAAUUGCAAAUGUUCCAAGUACGGUAAUGUUUAAAAAGGAGAAUAAAAAAAUUGACUCUUACCUUGAAAAGAAAGAAUAAAGAGUAACUUCAAAGAGUCCAUCGCUUUUAUUGUUUUUGAGGGUCCCUUGGUGCACACCUAGAAUGUCUUGACCCAUUUAGUCGACAUAAUCCUCAUCCGGGAGUUUUUGUUUUCACAAUGAGAUGAGAGUAACUUUCACUCGACCCCAACUAUUAUAACUAGUGCAAAGAAAACUAUAGUGCAUACCAUGUUGAUUGUUUACUAAGUUGUACUUGUUUGAGUAGGUUUGCUUGGGGACAAGCAAACUCCUAAGUGUAGGUGAGUUGAUAACAGCCAAAAUGGUGUUAUUUAGCCUUCAUAUUCAGGGUCAUUUCGAGUAAUUUCGUGGUCUUAAUGGUCAAUAUAUCAUCAAAUACAUCCCUAUUUUGUUCCUCGAAGAGAAUAUUGUCAUAUUAGGGUGUUUUAGAUGAAAUGAACGUUUUAGGUGAAAAAUGGGUCACAAGUGUAGGGGUUAUGGGCAAAAGCAUAUCACGACCAUGAAGAGAGGGCGUGAAGAAAAUUAUGGAAAUUGAGGCCUCCAAGGCCAAGAUCGCGACAGCAAAGUGUGUAGCCAAGGUGCAAACUUUAGGAGUAGCCACUAAGGAAGGACCAUGAACUUUCGAUAGUAGACUCGUUGUCCCAGUUGUACGAGCCCACGAUAAAGUUCAUGACCGUGA